UGAUUGUGAUACUGCAUUAGCAUAUGCACCAAACACUGAACUUACUUCAGAACCAGACACUAUCUAUAUUGAACCUCUUACCAAGAUGCAACUCCAGUUGGAUCAACAAGCCCAACUCAUCCAACAAUUACAGACACAAGUUCAAUCUCUGCAAGACACCAAUGCACAAAUCCUACAAUUCUUCCAAAACCAUUUUCAACAUAUAAGGCAACAAGAAAAU